AUGAGAAUGCAGUUUUGGAAAGACACUAUCGAUAAUAUUUUCAAGGGCAAGCCUCCACAGCAGCCUAUUGCUUUAGCACUUGAUGCAGCAUUAAAGCAGUGCAAACUGUCACCCAUAUGGUUCAAACGAAUCAUCAAUGAGAGAACGGCGAAUUUAGACGACCAUCAGUUUAUGACCAUCAGUGACAUGGAAAGCUACUCCGAAAACACGGCAACCAGUUUACUCUAUCUACAACUCGAAUCCCUUGGUAUUAAAGAUGUCAAUGCAGACCAUGCAAUCAGUCAUAUCGGCAAGAUGAUUGGUAUAUCGACAUUUUUGCGAGCGUUACCUUUUCAUUUGAGCCAGAAGCGUAUGGUUUUACCCGCACAAAUCACAGCCAAGUUUAAUAUUUCACAAGAAGAAGUGUUUCGAUAUGGACACGCCGAGGGUUUGGAAGAUGCUAUUUUCGAAGUCGCGACUGCUGCAAACGAUCAAUUACUGACUGCACGAUCCAUGUUGGAUUCAGUACCGCCAAGUGCAUUCCCAGUUGUACUCUCUGCAGUCCCAACCGCUCGGUAUCUGGAAAAACUGGAAGCGACCAACUUUAACAUCUUUGAUCCAUCAUUACAGCGCAAAGACUGGAAACUCCCACUAGCUCUUUGGAAUGCUCAUCGGAAACUACAAAUAUAA